ACGUUUACUGUUCUUUUCUCACAGGAACUGGUGCGCAUAUGUGGUGACUCGGACCGUCAGCUGCAUGGUUGAGGAUGGCAUUGAAACAUAUGUGAAACCAGAGUACCAGGCCUGUACUUGGGGUCAGGUCCAGUGUCCUCGUUCUGUGACGUACCGUAGCUUUGUGAGGCCUCGCUACAAGGUAGCAUACAAGACCAUAUCUGAUAUGGAAUGGAGAUGCUGCCAGGGGUACUCGGGGGAUGACUGUAUGGAUGGACCUGCUGCUGGGGCCCAUAUUACCACCACUAUGCCACGGCCAAAGCCUGUGAGACCCAACAUCUCUGGGUCUAGUGGCGGAAAUUCACUGAGUGGUUCUGGGGGAGAAGGCUAUGGUGAUUCUGAGAAAGUGAGACAGCUAGAGGAAAAAGUGAAAAAUCUGACCAAGGAGCAGCAGAAUUUACAGUCAAUCAUUCACACACUGGAAACAGCCUUUAAUGGGAAGCAACCGGCCGAUUCUGCUCAACCAGAGAUGAAAGUGACACUCACUAAAAUACAGCAGCAGCUCACACAACUGGAUAACCGGAUCAAUGACCAUGAUAAGGAACUAGGGAAUUUAAAUAAUGGAAAUAACAAACAGCCAGGCAACUCAGAUCAGAUAAUGGCUCAGAAAUUAACAGAGUUGCGGGGAGAUAUCUUAAGAGAAGUAGAGCAAAGGAUGAUGCAAUCAUGCUCUGCCUGUCUAUCUGGUUUGGACGGAUUCCAGAAACAACAGAAUGAAGAUAGGGAAAGAAUUCAAGGUAUGGAGAAACUUAUCCGCUCUAUAGACCAGCGCAACAGAGAGGCUGUGCAGAACAUUCAGACACAUGUGGUAGACCUGACAUCUCGACUUUCAAAGGACUGCUGUGCUGAAGUCACUGACCUACGCAUAAGAGUGGAGGACACAGCAAGUAAAGCAGAGACACUUUCUAGCUCUGUCAUUGCACUAACUGUACGUCUGGACAAUAAGCUUGGUGACAGUGACAAGGAUGGGACUCAGGAAGACAAUGACUUGAACAGUCGCAUAGAAGAUAUUGAAGCUCGAAUGAAUACCACACAAAAAACCCUUGAGGAUCAUUACUAUCACUACUUCCAUGAAGAGAUCAACAAACUGAAAAAUGACUUAGAGGACCGAAUCUUUAGCAAUGAGAAAAAUAUAAAUAUACUGCUUAAUGAGUGGGGAAAUAGUUCUGGAUUUGAGGAUACAGUAGGGAAAACCAUAACAGAUCUUGCACUGGAUAUAAACUUCCUGAAGGACCUCCAUGGAAAAAACGAGAACAGCCUUGCCAAUGUCAUUCAGGAUAUUGAUGAUCUGAGAAAUGAUGUUGUGAACGGGUGUAAUCAGUGUAAAGCAGAAAAUUCAGAUGGUAAGUUCUCUGAUCUGGAGAGGAGAGUGAAUCAUCAUGAAAAUGAAAUUGGCAUUAUAAGAUCAGACCUACAUGACCUCAAAAUAUCUAGAAGUUCUGUGCAGGACACUCUCCAUGACCUGGAGGAUGAAAUCACUAAUACAAGAUCACAUGUGGAUGCUAAUGGAGAGUCCCUAAGUAAAAUUUCUGCUGAUGUUAGUGACCUAAAUGAUAGAUUGAGAACUUCCAUUCUCACUCAGAUGCACACAUGUGAUUCCAUACACAGAGACAUGAAUCAGUAUCAAAAUGAAACUAAUGGAAAGAUGCUAGAUAUGGAAAAUGAAAUAAAGUCACUUACCCGAAUGAUACAGUUUGACUACCAGAGUUGUGGGCAGGUGUGCUCCAACCUGCAAGAAGAAGUUGGAAAGUUAAAGGAGGAGGUAGAAGAAUGUAAAAUCACCUGCCAACUUAUCCAGAAAAAAGCAGAGGAGGGCAAGGAUCUAAUUAACAAAUCAUUAGAUGGGUUCAGUGUUAUUGGUGGCAGCUCCACAAAUGACUUAAAAUCUAUGCAAGGAGAGUUGUCUAACAUUAUUGUCACCUUCAGCUCCCUCAAUGACACUAUCAAAGACCUUCAGGAGACCGUUGGAAAGCAUCAGACAGAUAUCCAUGAACUGGGGACAACCAAGGACAAAAUUAUCUCUGAGAUCAACAAAAUCCAAGGUGAAGUAACAGAUCACAUUGGAGACAGCACAGAAAGAUUUGUGAAUGUUCAAAAAGAGAUCCAUAGGUUUGGGAACACUGUGCUAGAAGAGUCCCAUAACUGUAGACGUUCCACAAGUGGACUGGAAGAGAGGCUCUCUAAGCUUGAGAAUGUCUGCCUCAAGCUGGAUACAGUCUCAGGGAGUCUUCACAAGAUAAAGGAAAAUCUAAGCAAGCACGUGUCCAGCCUGUGGAACUGUGUACAUGAAGUAAACACCACUGUGAGGACUCACAGUGCUUGGUUUGAUAAGCUCCAUAACAGCCAUUUGAACGGCAUUCACAAGAGGCUCAGCAGUUUGAACACUUCCAUGUUGGUUCUUUCAUCUGAGUUUCAGAACUUCACCCUUCAGGACUUUAUGGGACCACCUGGACUUCCUGGUCCUCCAGGCCCACAAGGAAAACAAGGUCCACCAGGACCACAAGGAUCUGCUGGACCUUCUGGGAAGGAUGGAGCUACAGGAAAGCAGGGACCUGUUGGGCCUCCAGGGUUACAAGGAGAACAAGGUCCUAUAGGCCAGACCCUGCAAGUUCCGCACAUUGCCUUCUCUGCAGGCCUCUCAUAUCCACAGCUGGACCCUGGCACAGUUGCAUUUGACAGAGUACUAGUAAAUGAUGGGGAAGCAUACAAUCCGGCGACUGGAGUCUUUACUGCACCAGUGCAAGGGCGUUACUUCAUCAGCGCCAUCCUAACUGGCUACAAAGAUGAGAAGAUUGAAGCUGUGCUCUCUAAAUCUAAUUAUGGAAUUUCCCGGGUAGAUUCUGCUGGGUAUCAACCAGAAGGUCUGGAGAAAAAACCACUAGUAGAGAACAAGACCAGCACUGGGUCACUGGGGGUCUUCAACAUCAUUCUGCAGCUAAAUGCAGGAGAAACGGUCUGCAUAGACCUGGUGAUGGGACGGCUGGCACACUCAGAUGAGCCCCUCACAAUAUUUAGUGGGGUCUUGUUGUAUGAGGGGGAGACAGAAAUUUGAGGACAACCAGUUGGACCUGGGCUCCUCUCUAUUUAACAUAUUUUUUUCCUGUGGGUGUCUCAGAUAUUAAAUGUAUAAUGUAAUUGCAUGGAGGGUCCUGUGAUGCAGCCAUAUUUGUACAUAUUGGACUUUGCUCAGGUUAUCAAACAUUGGAGAAUGCUCCAGUUAAUAUAUACAAAUUAUUAUUUUUAUCACCAGUAUAAAUUGAUAAAUAUCACUGAAUACUCAGUACAGAACUACACUGUAUCAGAGAAACGUCUUCAUUCACUUUAGAGAGGCUGUGUGCCCUGAUCAUGGGCGGAUGUUUUACUGUCAUCAUUUCAUAUCUAAUUCACUGCAGAGUGUACCCAAUGGAAGAAAUGUGCUCAGGACUGGUAGAUUAUAGGGUGCCCAAGGGCAUCACAGGGCUAAUUUACUGCAGAGUGUACCCAAUGGAAGAAAUGUGCUCAGGACUGGUAGAUUAUAGGGCCUCACACCAUAUGGCAUCACAGGGCUAAUUUACUGCAGAGUGUACCCAAUGGAAGAAAUGUGCUCAGGACUGGUAGAUUAUAGGGUGCCCAAGGGCAUCACAGGGCUAAUUUACUGCAGAGUGUACCCAAUGGCAGAAAUGUGCUCUGGACUGGUAGAUUAUAGGGUCUCCCACCAUAUGGCAUCACAGGGCUAAUUUACUGCAGAGUGUACCCAAUGGCAGAAAUGUGCUCUGGACUGGUAGAUUAUAGGGCCUCACACCAUAUGGCAUCACAGGGCUAAUUUACUGCAGAGUGUACCCAAUGGAAGAAAUGUGCUCUGGACUGGUAGAUUAUAGGGCCUGACACCAUAUGGCAUCACAGGGCUAAUUUACUGCAGAGUGUACCCAAUGGCAGAAAUGUGCUCUGGACUGGUAGAUUAUAGGGCCUCCCACCAUAUGGCAUCACAGGGCUAAUUUACUGCAGAGUGUACCCAAUGGAAGAAAUGUGCUCUGGACUGAUAGAUUAUAGGGUGCCCAAGGGCAUCACAGGGCUAAUUCACUGCAGAGUGUACCCAAUGGCAGAAAUGUGCUCUGGACUGGUAGAUUAUAGGGCCUCACACCAUAUGGCAUCACAGGGCUAAUUUACUGCAGAGUGUAUCCAAUGGCAGAAAUGUGCUCUGGACUGGUAGAUUAUAGGGCCUGACACCAUAUGGCAUCACAGGGCUAAUUUACUGCAGAGUGUACCCAAUGGAAGAAAUGUGCUCUGGACUGGUAGAUUAUAGGGCCUCCCACCAUAUGGCAUCACAGGGCUAAUUUACUGCAGAGUGUACCCAAUGGAAGAAAUGUGCUCUGGACUGGUAGAUUAUAGGGCCUCCCACCAUAUGGCAUCACAGGGCUAAUUUACUGCAGAGUGUACGCAAUGGCAGAAAUGUGCUCUGGACUGGAAGAUUAUAGGGCCUCCCACCAUAUGGCAUCACAGGUGAAUGUUUGGGCACCAUAUAUUGUACCUUUUCUGUGUAAUAAACAAAUUCCUGAGUUCUGUUGCAUAAUGGGUAAUCUGAAAUAAAAUGACUGCACCCACAGACACUGUAUGCAUUAUACCUUGGAACCCACAGACACUGCACGCAUUAUACCUUGGCACCCACAGACACUGCACAAAUUAUACCUUGGCACCCACAGACACUGCACGCAUUAUACCUUGGCACCCACAGACACUGCACGCAUUAUACCUUGGCACCCAUAGGCACUGUAUGCAUUAUACCUUGGCACCCACAGACACUGCACGCAUUAUACCUUGGCACCCAUAGGCACUGCACGCAUUAUACCUUGGCACCCACAGACACUGCACUCAUUAUACCUUGGCACCCAUAGGCACUGUAUGCAUUAUACCUUGGCACCCACAGACACUGCAUGCAUUAUACCUUGGCACUCAUAGGCACUGCACGCAUUAUACCUUGGCACCCAUAGGCACUGCACACAUUAUACCAUGGCACCCACAGACACUGCACGCAUUAUACCUUGGCACCCACAGACACUGCAUGCAUUAUACCUUGGCACCCACAGACACUGCAUGCAUUAUACCUUGGCACCCAUAGGCACUGCACACAUUAUACCAUGGCACCCACAGACACUGCACGCAUUAUACCAUGGCACCCACAGACACUGCACGCAUUAUACCUUGGCACCCAGACACUGCAUGCAUUAUACCUUGGCACCCAUAGGCACUGCACGCAUUAUACCUUGGCACCCACAGACACUGCAUGCAUUAUACCUUGGCACCCAUAGGCACUGCACGCAUUAUACCUUGGCACCCACAGACACUGCAUGCAUUAUACCUUGGCACCCAUAGGCACUGCACGCAUUAUACCUUGGCACCCAUAGGCACUGCACGCAUUAUACCUUGGCACCCACAGACACUGCAUGCAUUAUACCUUGGCACCCAUAGGCACUGCACGCAUUAUACCUUGGCACCCACAGACACUGCAUGCAUUAUACCUUGGCACCCAUAGGCACUGCACGCAUUAUACCUUGGCACCCAUAGGCACUGCACGCAUUAUACCUUGGCACCCACAGACACUGCAUGCAUUAUACCUUGGCACCCAUAGGCACUGCACGCAUUAUACCUUGGCACCCACAGACACUGCAUGCAUUAUACCUUGGCACCCACAGACACUGCAUGCAUUAUACCUUGGCACCCAUAGGCACUGCACACAUUAUACCAUGGCACCCACAGACACUGCAUGCAUUAUACCUUGGCACCCAUAGGCACUGCAAGCAUUAUACCGUGUGUGAGAACUUAACCUCAGCCAUUAAUGUUCCCCUUGGAUUUCAUCCAGUUUUAUUGUAAAGAUUUAUGUAUCUAAAAGCUUAACAUCAAGGAGAUUUGAACCCAAGACUCUUCAAUUGCUCUGCUCCUGUCAUCUUUUCCUUUGUUAAUGACAAAUAAUUAGUAGGUGCAUGCAAUACCUAUCAAUAUGCAUAAAAAGCUCUCUAUGUAAAGAAAGGUUUACAUUAGACAACGUAAUGUCAGAUGGUCUGACCCAUCCCUGUAACAAUAUGUUAAGCUCAGCUAGUCUCCUAGAUGUGUUGGAUUCCCAGACUGAACAUAUGUGUGAGUUGGUCUCUUAUUCAAGCUGUUUCUUAUUUGUGGAAUUUGAUUUCUUAUUCAGCUUCAAACUGAGUUUAAAUAAAAAUAUACGUUUUAUUUAAAUAUAAAUGGGAUUUAUAUAAUGUAGAUACACAAAGGUGAUUGAAUAUACAAACUGGAAGGACAGGCCAAACUGACAUCAAUACAGCAAUUACAAAUUUUCAUAAGUAACUGAUCUUUACAAAGGUUUAAUAACCAUUGGACCACUGAUUUUACUAUGAAUAUAUGUAGAACAGACCCCCCCAUGACAUGCAAUUCUCUUUAGCCUGGCAGAGGAAGUGAUGGGUGCUGUAUUUAAGAAUUUUGAAUAAGUAACUGAUAUAUACAAAGGGCUAAUGAUAAGUGAUUUCACUAUAAAAUAUAGGUAGGAUAAAUCCCUCUCCAUGACACACAAUUGUCUUUAGUCCGGCACAUAGGGGUUAUGAGCACAGAUGAUAGUGAUGCUAAUCUUGCCAAGGGUGUUGUAAUUCACCUUCUUCCGUGAUGAAUAGUACACCUUGGAGCUGCGCUACCUUCUGGGUUGGAUCCUGAUAUCCUGCAUAUACACCUACCGGUUUAGUGUGUAUACUGUGCUACUGUGGAGCUGUGUCUUGGACACUAAUCAGCUAGCUGGACUGCUGCAGAAAUCCAGCCUGUCUCUAUGGGCAAGACUGAUUGCCUUUCCUACAUGUGAGUACCCUGUGUUUUAUUGCAAGCCAUCAAGAUUCACCAUUGAUCUGCACCAUUGGCGCCUCUUUCCAUUGUAUUUUUUUAACAGAUUGCCUUCCCUUGGUUGAAGUUAGAGAGCUGCCUGCUGUACCGCAUCACAUCAAGUCCUCAUUUAUUUCCUUGUGGGACUUUUUCCAGUUGAAUACCUGGACUCUUUACCUGUUCCUAUGGUUUGGUGGUAACUUUCCACUCAGCACAACUAUAUGUGGAAGAUUUGUCUUAUACAUAUAUAUAAUUAUCCUUUCACUUUUUUAUAUAUAUAACACUGUUAUAUAUAUUUACGUUUUUGUAUGUGUUUGGUAUUUAGCACCUCCUAGAGGAUGCCAGGGAGCGUAUGAUGAUCUGUCUGCCUUGAUAUCUUUUUAUUUUUGUUGUAAUUCACACUUUUAUAUAAGUAACUGAAAUUUUCAAAGGGUUAAUGACCAUUGGGCCACUGAUUUCACUAUGAAUAAACAUACGUUAGAUCCCCUCCAUGACGCACAAUUGUCUUUAGCCUGGCCCAAUGGUGUUUUGGGCACAGAAAGAAAAUGCCAUCUUUGGCAUAGAUAUUUAUUCAACAUUGUAAAUUAAAGUAACUGAUAUUUUCAAAGGGUUAUUGACCAUUGGGCCACUGAAUUCACUAUGAAUAUAAGUAGAGCCUCCUCCGUGAUGGUAAACACUGAUUCCAGCCUCCAAACUUUUAAAAAUAACUUUAUUUUUCAACUGGGUCCAUGGGUUCAAACAAACAACGUUUUAGGCCGGCUAUAGACCCUUAGGGCUCGAUGAUUGAAAGCUCGUUUUAAAAAUGAUAUGAUGUAAAGAUGUGCGCACUGGAGUGCGAAUAUAAUAUCGUAAUUAUUGAAAGUGUUCGAAAUUGAUUGCGUGUAUGUAUUCAAAAUGGUCGUGUUUUCGUCAUUGGAUAUACGCUGCAAAUGUUUUUUUUGGUUUGCGUAAUGUUAAAUACCCGCUUCGUAUGUGUAAUUCUGUAUUCGUAAUUUCUUUCAAAAGUGUCUAUUGAUCAAUUGUAUUAUCAACUUUGAACUUAGAAAUUCAGAUUUGUAUAUUAUAAAUAUUAAAUGUCCAAAACUCAUGUAUUAUUUCUGACUUCUGUUUAUUUUAUAAUAAAAAGGAAAUUAAUACAAUUGUAUUCAUAAGUAAAGCAAUGCAAUGCAAUGUAAUUAUACAUUUUUAAAUAAAAAAACAUAAUUUAUGCUUA